AUGCAUGCGUUUCCAAACAUUGCUCAAAACUUUAGCAGCAGUCAACGGUUGUGUGAGCGAGCAAUCUUAGCUCCAUGUAAUGAUGCUGUCGACAAAAUCAAUUGGGAUUUCUUGAAGGUGUUGCCAGGACAAGAACAGUUUUUCAAAUCCAUCGACACUGUCAUUGAUCAGGACCAAGCUGUAGUUUUUCCAACCGAGUUCCUGAACUCUCUACGGCCAUCUGGGAUGCCACUUCCCAACUUAACACUUAAAAACGGGGCCCCAACCAUGCUGCUCAGAAAUCUGGAUCCACCUCGCUUGGUGGUGAAAGCGAUUCAAUCCCAUGUCCUAGAGGUAGCGAUUAUAACUGGGAAAUAUAUGGUUAAGGAUGGUUUCAUUCCACCGAUCCCGUUAAUCUUAUCUGACCCCGCCUUUGAAUUUAAACGUCUCCAGUUCCCAGUAAAACUAAGUUUUGCUAUGUCGAUAAACAAAUGUCAAAGACAAUCUCUCACGGUUGUUAGACUUAACUUUGCGUUUCCUUGCUUCUCUCAUGGGCAAUUAUAUGUAGGAUGGUCGCAAUUUGGAUGUCCCAAAACACUUUUUAUGUGUACCCCAGUUAAAGGACACACUGAAAACAUUGUAUAUUUAGAAGUUCUACAAAAUUAA